ACGAUAGUAAGCGACCUCCUAAAACUCCGACAUUUGGCGACUUCCUGUCCCAGGGCAGGACCCCGGGGCAACGAGGGGACCGGGGCAGAGGGAAGGGCCGAGGACAGAAACAGAGUUACAGCAUGCAUGACAACCGCUGGGAAGGAGAGAAAGAAGAGGAGGAAAAGACAAAGAGAGAGGAGAAGACCAAAAUGAAGGAGGAGGAAGAGAAAUCCAAACCUCCCCCAGCAGAGAAGGUGGAGGUAAAGAACGGGGAUGAAGACGAUGAUGACGAAGAAUGGGAGGAUGCCAGCGACGGAGAAGAAGACGGAGGCAGCAACUCAGAGCCCGACUCCAGAGGCGACGAGAAGAAAGACAUCGGGAAAGAGAAACCAGCCAAGGGCAAAGACAGCUCCCCAACGUCUCCUCGAUCUGGACAGUUGUCGGCAGGAAGUCCCAGAGAGCAGCGGACUCCCCGGCCGAGGGUCCACAUCCCCCCGCCCGCAGUAGUCCAGGAGUCCCCGGAGGGAGGCAAGCCCCUCAGCCCCUUCUCCCCGCUGGACAGCCAUCAGCCCGUGUCUGACUGGGGGGAGGAGAUGGAGAUGCUGUCACCCCGGAGCAGCAUGGGAGGCGAGAGCCCACUGAAGCCCCCAAGUGUGGAGGCCAGUCCGCCGCAGAAGAAGGAGCAGGAGCAGGAGCAGGAGCAGGAGCAGGAGCAGGAGCAGGAGCUGGAGGAGGAGACGGAGACGGAGACGGAGACGGAGAGUCAGGCUGAACCUGCUGAGCCACAAAAAGAGGAGGACACAGCCGAACACGAUUCCUCGUCUUCUGAAAAGACUAAAGCCCCACAGACUGUGAUAGUGUCAGAACCGGAGCCCGACCUCGCCUCACCGCCAUCUGACCCCGCCCCUCCUGAGGUUUCUGAGGUCAGUGAGGUUGCGGCAAUGAUGGACCAGGACACACCUACUGCUCCAUCACAAGGUAACAAAAACCUAAAAAAAGACAGCAGAAAACUAAACUAUAGUCACAUUAGCAGCUCU